AUGUCUCAGCCUAUCCUAAAGAAAGAAAACAAGUCUGACAAUAGAAAGGAGGAAAGAGCAUAUCAGUAUCUUCUGAAAGCAGCUGACAUGAAUCAUACCAAGGCAAUGGAGAAGGUGUCGUAUGCUUUGUUGUUUGGAGAUUACCUGAAGCAGAACAUCCAGUCAUCAAAAGAACUAUUUGAAAAACUAACAGAAGAAGGUUCUCCGAAAGGGCAAAUGGCCCUUGGAUUUCUAUAUGCAUCUGGUCUAGGAGUCAAUUCUAGUCAAGCUAAGGCCCUGGUGUAUUACACUUUUGGAGCUUUAGGAGGAAAUUUGAUUGCCCAUAUGAUCUUGGGCUACCGGUACUGGGCUGGGAUAGGAGUCCUUCAAAGUUGUGAAUCUGCUCUUACUCACUACCGACUUGUAGCUAAUCAUGUUGCUAGCGACAUUUCCUUGACUGGUGGCACAGUGGUUCAGCGAAUUCGCUUAGCAGAUGAAGUAGAAAAUCCAGGAAUGGCAAGUGGAAUGCUAGAAGAAGACUUGAUUCAGUAUUAUCAGUUCUUAGCAGAGAAAGGAGAUGUACAAGCACAGGUUGGCCUUGGACAGCUGCACUUGCACGGAGGAAGAGGAGUAGAGCAAAAUCAUCAGCGAGCAUUUGAGUACUUCAAUCAAGCGGCUAAUGCUGGCAAUUCACAUGCCAUGGCCUUUCUAGGAAAGAUGUACUCAGAAGGAAGUGAUGUUGUACCUCAGAGCAAUGAAACGGCUCUUCAGUAUUUCAAGAAAGCUGCUGAUAUGGGUAAUCCAGUUGGACAGAGUGGAUUAGGAAUGGCUUACCUCUACGGAAGAGGCGUCCCAGUGAACUAUGAGCUAGCACUGAAGUAUUUCCAGAAGGCUGCAGAGCAAGGAUGGGUUGAUGGACAGCUGCAGCUGGGUUCCAUGUAUUACAAUGGCAUUGGAGUCAAGAGAGACUAUAAACAAGCUUUGAAAUAUUUUAACUUGGCCUCCCAGGGUGGCCACAUUUUGGCAUUCUAUAAUCUGGCUCAGAUGCAUGCUACUGGCACUGGAGUGAUGCGAUCCUGCCAUACCGCUGUCGAGUUGUUUAAGAAUGUAUGCGAACGAGGACGUUGGUCUGAAAGACUGAUGACUGCCUACAACAGCUAUAAAGACGGUGAUUCAAAUUCUGCUGUGGUUCAGUAUCUUCUUUUGGCAGAACAAGGCUAUGAAGUUGCACAGAGCAAUGCUGCUUUCAUACUUGAUCAGAAAGAAGCUAGCAUAGUUGGAGAAAAUGAAACCUAUCCUCGAGCUUUGCUUCACUGGAAUAGAGCAGCUUCUCAAGGAUAUACUGUUGCAAGAAUUAAACUUGGAGAUUACCACUUUUAUGGUUUCGGUACUGAUGUGGAUUAUGAAACUGCAUUUAUUCACUAUCGACUGGCAUCAGAGCAACAGCACAGUGCCCAAGCAAUGUUUAACCUGGGCUACAUGCAUGAGAAGGGACUGGGCAUCAAGCAGGAUAUUCAUCUUGCAAAACGAUUCUAUGACAUGGCAGCUGAAGCAAGCCCAGAUGCCCAGGUUCCUGUCUUCCUAGCACUUUGCAAGCUUGGAGUGAUUUAUUCCUUGCAGUAUGUACGAGAAAUCAAUAUAAGGGAAGUAUUCUCACAUAUUGAUAUGGACCAGCUGCUGGGGCCUGAGUGGGACCUUUACCUUAUGACCAUCAUCGCCUUGCUCUUGGGAACAAUUAUAGCUUACAGACAAAGGCAACAUCAGGCAAUUGCCAGACCAGCAGGACUGCGGCCAGCUGUGCCUCAACAAGAACCCCCACCAGAGCAUCAACCACCGCAAUAGCAACAAGAGCCUCAGUGGAAGAACUGGAUUUUUCCUAAAGGAACAAUUUUCAUUGUGAUUUAGGACUUUGGAUCGAUGGUUCCCCAAAAGAGGCGCAAAGAGGUUUAAAGAAAAAAGUUUGAAAGCUGCUU